CUCUCUCGGUCAGGAGGACGUUAGUGGGACGUUUCUCUCCCUCUCUCCAUGUGAUUCAGUCGCUUCUUCCCAUCAUCGACAACAGCUUCACCCUCCGUAAACCACCACCCUCUACUCCUCCUCUUCCUCUCUACGUGUGUUGGAGAGAGUGUGCAGGAAGACGAAGCACCAGCUACCAGCACCACCACCAAGGACGUCCCCUCUUCUUUUCCCAGCCCCUGGAGCCGGAGAUGCAAGGGACGAGCAGUUAGAUUGUCGUGCUGCUGUUGCUGCUGCUGCAGGAGAACUUGGUUUUGGAGGCUGUGCUGCAGCUCUGCUUUCUCAUUCCUGCGAAGUGUGUGACAAGGAUUUCAGCCAGUCGCCGGACGGAGAUCUGGCAACAAAGGACUUCAACUUUUCCGUAUCAAUUGAAUGUAACAUCGUUCAGCUAAAGAAGGCAGGGAAUUAAAAGCCAUCAUCAUGAAUUUCGUUAUGAAACAAGCAUUGGGAGGGGCCACCAAAGACAUGGGCAAGAUGCUUGGUGGGGAGGAGGAGAAGGAUCCCGAUGCUCAGAAAAAAGAGGAAGAAAGACAAGAGGCGCUGAGGCAACAGGAGGAGGAGAGGAAGGCGAAAUAUGCAAAAAUGGAGGCAGAGAGAGAAAACAUCCGACAGGGCAUCAGGGAUAAGUACGGCAUCAAGAAGAAGGAGGAGAAGGAAGCCGAGGCGGCGGCUGCGAUGGAGCAGGCCUCCGAGGGCAGCCUCACCCGUCCCAAGAAGGCCGUUCCCACCGGCUGCGGCGACGAGGAGGAAGAGGAGAGCAUCGUUGACACGGUCAUGAAGUUCAUCCCGGCCCCGCUCAUGGAUAUGUUCAAUAAAAAGUAACAGUGUUUAUGGGUGUAAUAUGACAAACUUCUUACAAUGUUCAUCUAACUAAGACUAAUGCUGUCCGACCCCACCCCCGCCCAAACCUGCAGUCACACUUUUCUUCACCCCAACCCUCACCUUCAAACCCUCCAACCCAACUUCUGAGUGUCCUGCAUGUGAGCGAUGUGCCAUGAUUCUGCCUCUGAUUCAAGAUUCCUGAUCCUUGAUGGUGAUACGUACUUUUUAAUCUCUUAUACAGAGAAUAUCCUGUGAUUUUAACUGUUUUAAAGAAUAUGUAACACCCUCAAAGAUCUGUACUUCAAGGCAAAUCUAGUGCCAUGCUCUCCAGGCCAGAAAUCACCCAUCAUCCACCCUUUUUUGUUUGUAAAUAGCCUCGGGUUACAAAAAAGAGAACUAUAUAAAGUGAAAUGUGACAUAUAACAAGAUGACUAAGAGUAUAAGCCAUAUUUUUAACUUUUAAGAAAUUAUCCAAAUCAUAUCAGAAUUUAAUUGAAUUUUCCUGUUCUGUUCUUGCUAAUAUUUGAUACAUACGGUGUAUAUAAAUACAUUUUUAUCAGUUCUCCGUUGUGAGGAUUCACCCCAUUAACUGUCCCUCAUGUUUUUAUGAGUUUAUUGUGAAUGUGUAAUCUGAGCGCUGGUCAAAACAUCCUCUGUAAACCAGGAAGUGAAGGAAAUAAUUUGAAAUGACACUUUUCUUCCUUUUUUUAAGCAUGCAGUAAACUUUUGUGAAGUGAUUUACACGUAUGGAAACCAUUUCAUUUGUUACGAUGAAGCAAAAUAUAUUGAUAUUUGAGGCAAUAACUGGUUUUCCAUUUUUAUUUGAACGACAUCUCGUCCAUUAUGUACAGUAGGUGUCUGAAAUGUUCUUCCAUUGGGGAAACUCUAAAUGUUCUCCGUAAAUGAAGUUUGUUUCAAACGAUGAAAAUCUUGUUAAAAAAGUUUCAUGUUUGUGGUUCGAACAUUGAGUUUUAUGUCUUGCGGCAGAUGCUGUAGGCUCUGCCUCUGCAGCAGGACUCCUAAAUUUUUAGACCAGGCUAGUAAAUUUAUUUCUUUUUGCAUUUCCAUCACUUUUUUGUAGGAACAAGAAACUUCACAAACACAACUAUGUUGUGAACACGAUACGUGUAAACAGACAGUGACAAUAGUGCAAUAUUGUUCCAAAAUGAAGUUGUCCUGUGUCCGUUGGUUUAACUGAUGGGAGUAAAGUCCCAAAUCAGCAAUAACAGACAAUCUUCAUUGUUAUGUGUUUAAACUUACUCCUUAAUGUGUUAGUUAAUGUAAAAGGCACGGCCGUGUCUGCAUAGUAACAGUGAUGCCUUCGGCUUAUUUGAUUAAAAAGAGAAAAGGGGGAAGGUGGGACCAUUUGUUUCGUGUCUUAAACAAUGUUCAGUCACAUGAAACAGAACGAUGAGCACAACCAGCUCGAAAACACAAAACUUAAAGCAGAGAUUAAAUAAAUGGGGACUUUUUUUUUUUUUUUUUUUUUAAAGGCUGAUCAAGAGAAAAUGUUUACGCGCUCUCUCGAGAGUUCAGUCUGCUCUGUUGGUUCAUGCAGUUGCACAAUUUACAAAAAAAAAAAAGAGUUGUACAAGGACAAAAUCGAACAUUUCUCCAUAUGCCUUGUUUUUUUUAUUUCUUCGGCAUUCCUCAAUGUCUCGUUCAAACAUUCCAGAUAUUUCCGACAUUCCAACCGACUUGUGCUGGUGACACACAAACUUACAGUUGACGCCUGUUAGCCUGCGAAUGCAUCACAAAAAAACAUAAAAUCGGACACUGUUACAGCUUAAAAAAGGAAAUGAACUCGGGUGAUUCCUGGCUACAUACAGAGUAAUAUUAGCUGCCAUGUAGAGAAGAAAAUCCCACAUAAAGCUUAAGGGAAUGUGCUUUAGCAGAGAUCAGUUAAAUCUUGUGAUGACUCGUUUCGUGGACAGUAGCCGUAGGCGUGAUUACAGUUUCCUAAAGCUUCUUUUCCACAUUGCCACUCUUUCUAUUCAGCUAGCUUGACAUCAAAGCGACUCUAAUUCUAAACUUGUGCAUUCCUGUGGCAUAGAAAAUGGAAAUUUAGCUUUUAUAAGCGCUUUGUGAGCUCUGUAAUCAUGUUGAAUAUCUUACAAAUACAUCUACGUCACCUAUAGAGCACAUUUAUUGAACUUUCUGCGGUGUUAUCGUACUCUGUAAACUGCCUUUGCCAGCCUCUGUGUUAGCAGAUAGUUAGCAAACCGAUAGUUGUUUACAUGCAUUUACACAACUCAAACCAUUUUCAGAGCAGUUAUCCAGUCAAACCAAAGAAUAGAGCUGGUAGAAGUAGAUACGAUUUUACAUCUGAUUUAUUUACAGCAUAUCUGGUUUAUUUUGAAUUUCUCAGGUAUUUUAGCUUUAAGUUUUACUAGAACCAUAUCUAGCCUCCUUUUAGCAUAAUUAGCCUUCUCCGCUAACUAGUAGUUCCUUUCUCCAGGGGCCUGCAAACCUACACCAAUCUUGAUUUUGACUCGUUCAUCUCCUAUUUAGCCCCAGAAUAUUCCAGAAGCUGCACUUACUGCCCAGUCAAUACAUAUUUAACACUUUCCUAGUGACAAAACCUUAGCUGAAUCAAUGUGCAGAUCUUCAGGCUACCAGUGACCCUUUGUAACCUGGUUAGCCUUGAAACCAGAUCACCCUUUCCAUCUCAUUCAUCAACGCCAUCAUAAAUCCAUUCACCAUCAUCUUGUAAAUGCGAAUUGAUUGCGCUCUAAAUGGCUUAUAGACCACUGCCCAAACAAACUGCCCAAGUCAUGCGUAAUCAAUAUUUAGCCGACUCCAGUCCACUUGGAGGUCGCUCAUUUGUGCCGCUCAUACAGCCAUUACUAUGAUUAAGAAACUGCCUGAAAAAUAUGCCAUUAAAAAAUACUCCUUUGAUGUGACUUGAAUGUAACUGUCUAAUGUUUCUCUCCUUGCAUCUGUCUUUCUCUGUUUUGUACGUGCUGAGAAGAUGCUUACUCUUGUGUGGUAUUUCCUUUAUUGUCUGUAGCCGGUCCUGUUUCUGUCCUCUGGUGGUUGGUAUUUUGAGAAAAAAAAAAAAAAAGUUAAUUUGGUGAAUUUUUUGUACUGCAGAAUCUUCUCACCCUUCUCCCUCCUUCUCUCUCUCUAUCUCCCUGUUUGUUGACAAAAUGUAUGCAUGCUUAUGGUGUGCGAUGUAGGCAAGGUUGUUGAUAAAAUCGUUACGUGUCUUCUGUGUUUCACCUGUUAGCCUCACUGCAUGCCAUUUUAGACAGAUGUUUCAGUCUGUAACUUUCCUGCAAAAAUGGAAUCACCGCACACUCUGAGAAUAAAGUGAUUUCAUAGAAUUUUUCAUCGUCUUGUGUUUCUGCAUUCGAACAGCGCUGUGGCAGGCCUCGGGCUGCUGAUUCCUCUUUAUAAAAGACGAAAACAAUAAUGGAAGAUGUGGUAGUGACACAAGCUGUUUCCACAUGCACUCCUGAAAAUUCCUAGAGAGGUUUUGACAGCCUGUCCUUGAUAUCCCGAUGCUUUUUCUUACGUGUGCUACACGUGUGCUGUGGUUGCAUUGUAAUAAUUUACGGAAAAAGGAGUCAUUUCUUGUUUUCAAAAAAGUUUUGAUAACUGCUCUGCACAGGAAUCCACAAAUCUACUAAAAAUACUGUAGCAUAUAUGCCAGGUCAGUUGUUUGCAGUGUGGAUUUGUGUUAAAGGGACAUUCCUGUAUUUUUGAGGUUGUGUUGUAUGAGGCACCUGACAUUAGUGGAGACAUAGCUUCCAGAGAUUUCAGAGCAUUGCCUCUUUAAACAGGACACCCCUGAGGUCCUUGUUAGGUUUGGUUUGGAAAUCCUAAAAUUAAGGUUCAAUGAAAGAGUAUCUGUACUGGCCUCCCCGUUUCCUUAGUCCUGAUCUGGGGCCUGAUUACUACUCCCAACGAUCAGAGGGGUGAGCCUUAAUUCAAGGGUUGUCAAAACUGAUCAUCCAUCCUUAUAAUCCUCAACAUGUGUGGUGUCAGUUUGAUUAUCUUGCUGCUCCUGUUAAAGUCUGAGCCUGCCUAAUCUUGUCAAUUUGUUAUGUCAAUUCUAGAUGAGACUGCCACUAAUGUAAUACCUGCAAUGGCAAAUGAGAAGAAAACUGAAUUGAAUUGAAAUUCAAUUAUGGGGGCUGGAUAGCUUAGUGGGUAUCACUGACUUCGGUAUGGGAGAAUGAUGGUUCAAAUCUCAGUCCAUGCAUGGUCAAUAUCCAUCUUGGGCCCUUGGGCAAGAUCCUUAACUCCUGGAACAUCUGUCAGAUGUAAGUCGCUUUGGAUAAAAGUUUCUGCUAAAUGACAUUGUGUCUUGUGUGCAGCCAGCCUCACAGUGCAAAUGCAGCAAUUCAUGUUAUUGUAAUGCUUUAUACUUUACUGGGAGCAUUUAUUUGUUUAUAUAUGUUUUCUUUUUAAUCUUGAGUAAAGGGGACCACAGCUUGACUAGGGGUCUGUGUCCACAGCCAGUGCUUUUUUCCAGUGCUGGGAAUUCUCACUACCUCAAAGGUUGAUUUUGCUUUCCUCUGGAGUAUGUGUAAGGCCAUUUUAAAGUAGCUUAAUGCUUCUUGUUUCCUUUUUCUACAAAAUGUCACUAAGAAAACAAUGUAAAGGAAUCCUAUUACAUCUCUGAUGGCCACUCUCCCAGACCAUUCAUCUGAGACGCCAUCUCUUUCAGAACAGAAAGAGUUAAGACUGUCAAAAUAAAACUGGAUUAGAAAUGUCUUUUAAUUUUAGUCCUAAU